GUAGGGAUAAGUAAAUAAUAAGGAAAAACUAGCUCUUUUUUUAAAAAAAAAAAUGAAAAAUGGUAGUUCUAAAAUUAUGAAUUUGGUAGGGUUUUAAGGGCCACAGGAGGCGAACCCAAGGUGAAGACAGAAGGGAAAGCGGAACAACCCGAUAACAAAAAAUGGAUACGGAUCAAAACCCAGGUGCAGAACAUAAAAAGACUGAUCCUCCUUCAUCCGCUUCGGCCUACCUUGAUCCUAACUACUGGAACCAGCGUUUCUCUAAUGAGGAACACUAUGAGUGGUUCAAAGAUUACUCUCAUUUUCGCCAUCUCAUUCAAGCCCACAUCAAACACAAUUGCUCAGUGUUGGAACUGGGCUGUGGGAACUCACAGUUGUGUGAAGAGCUCUACAAGGAUGGGAUCACUGAGAUAACAUGUAUUGAUUUGUCAUCUGUUGCAGUGGAGAGGAUGAAGGAAAGGUUAUUGUCUGAAGGAAACAAAGAAAUAAAAGUGCUGGAAGCAGACAUGCUAGACCUCCCCUUUCACAGCGAGUGUUUUGAUGUGGUUAUUGAGAAAGGAACCAUGGAUGUACUGUUUGUGGACAGUGGUGACCCAUGGAAUCCACAGCCUGCAACAGUAUCCAAGGUCAUGGCAAUGCUUGAAGGUGUUCAUAGGGUUUUGAAACCCGAUGGGAUUUUCAUAUCAAUUACUUUUGGCCAGCCACACUUCAGGCGGCCUUUCUUUCAUAAUCCCAAAUUUACAUGGUCUGUUGAAUGGAGUACUUUUGGAGAUGGUUUUCACUAUUUUUUCUAUAUCUUGAGGAAGGGAAGGAGGUCUUUAAAUGGUGGGGAGUCCACUAAAAAGAUUGAGAUGCCGUCAAUUUGUUUGUAUCAAGAAGAAUUAGAGGGUGAAGAUUAUAUUUUUCGAACAAAUAUUGACGAGAUAGAUUGUUAGAAUGAGUGUAACUCAUUUCUUUAUAGAUUUCCUGCUGUAAACAUUGCAGUUAAUUCCUUAAGUAAACAUGGUUGGGAAGUUUUGUACUCUCUGUUUGUACUUUAAAGUUAAGUCCUGUAGAGUCCAUUUGUAUUGCAUAACGUAUUAUAAACUGUGCUGUGAACAAAAAAAAUCUGCAA